UGCACUCAGCAAGGAUAUGACAACACUUUCGUAACAACCAGCGAAACGUUAACAACACAAAACGCUCACUACAAUAUGGCACAUCAGAGCAAAACACAGAUUUACUUGAAAGUCAAGAAACCACUAUUGGAACGUCAGAGACGUGCACGUAUCAAUAAGUGUUUGGAGGCAUUGAAGAAACUAGUAGCGGAGUUACAAGCGGACGAUGCCGUGUUACGUAUGGAUAAAGCUGAAUUACUUGAACAAACACUUGUUUUUGUGCGUCAACAAUGUGCGAACAACAGCCGUAAGCCUCAAAAAAACACACAAACGUCUGCAGAUUCAUUUCGUAAUGGCUAUAUGAAUGCAGUGAAUGAAGUGUCACUUGUGAUGGCUUCGACAUCCGGCAUGAACAUCGAAUUGGGCAAGGCUGUGAUGACACAUUUGGGCCGUAGUUAUAAUAGACUACAGCAGCAGCAACAGCAACCGCAACAACUACUUCAUCAGGCAUCACUUCAACACCGGCAACAAGUAUCACAUCAUCAAACAACAGUUUCAAGAAUGCAACCACUAAGCAUUGAGUGCGCACCAUUGAGUCCUGCUUCUUCCGGCUAUCAUAGCGACUGUGAGAGUCCCUCUGCUUCACCUGUUGCACAAGAACAAACUGCGGUAGUCAGUUUAUGGCGUCCUUGGUAAUUGGCCACGGCUUUGGUAAAGCCAAUAAAAAGAAAGAGGUUGAGGGAAAGCGAGCAAUAAAAACUAAUGGGCACUGAGAGGAGUGUCUGCCACUGACUGUGAUACUGCGUUGUGAUG